AUGGCUAAAGUUGGUAAGACGCGGUGCAAGUCCCGGUCUCGAGGUCACAGGGAAACCCCAUAUCUUUUAUCUUGUCCAAGAAAAAAUAUGAAAAAUGUUAAGAGCUUUUCUAAAGAGGUUGAAAAGAAAGACUGGAAAGGUGCUACCUGCUCAGUCUGUAUGGAAGUUCCCCAUAAUGCUAUCCUACUCCUCUGUUCAUCGUAUAACAAGGGCUGUCGCCCUUAUAUGUGUGCUACUAGCCGUCGCUAUUCUAACUGUUUUGAACAGUAUAAAAAGGCGUACACAAAAGCAACUUCUGUUAGUUCGCAGCAAUUAACAGACUAUUCGACUUUUGAUUCUAGUGCUGGUGAACGCAGUGACAAUGCAAAAGUUCCCGAGCUUCUUUGUCCCCUUUGCCGCCGGCAGGUGAAGGGUUGGACUGUGGUUGAAGCAGCUCGGAAGUCUUUGAAUGCCAAGAAAAGAAGCUGUAUGCAAGAUGACUGCUCUUUUGUGGGGAGUUACAAGGAGCUUAGGAAACAUGUUAGAUCUAAGCAUCCAUUUUCGCGACCACGAGAAGUGGACCCUGUACGAGAAGAAAAAUGGAAAAGACUCGAGUGUGAAAGAGAACGGAGUGAUGUGAUCAGCACAAUUUUGUCUUCAACGCCAGGGGCUAUGGUACUGGGGGAUUAUGUGCUCGAGCCAAAUGACCAUGCAUUUUACAGCGAUGAGACUGAUUCUGAUUCUGAUUCUGAUUCUGGAUUUCGGGAAGAUGAUGGUGAUUUCUUCUCCAUGAUGGGCGGACCUGGCAGCUUUUUGUCAAACAUCAGGUAUAAUCAGGGUCGUGUUGGUUUCAGGAGAGUUGCGCCUACAGAUUCUGCUGCUUUGUCUGGAGGGGGCCUCCACAGGCUACUGUUGGGAAGGUCUAGAAGACGAGGGAGGCACAGGAUACUGAAUGCGGGCCGGUAA